AUGAGCGGUCCGGUGCCAGCUCCGUCGGUGGAGGCCCGACAAGGGUAUGGCGCAUUUGCGUCCUCAACGUCUUCCCAGCAGAAGAACCUCUCGCGUCGAGGAACGGAGCUCAUGGCUGAAGAGGCGACUGAAGCAGUGCACACUCGACCAGGCAGUCCCGACAGACGUCGAUUCUCCUCCACCUCCCAACUCUCUGGCGUCGACGCCGGCGAUCACGAACCAUCGCCGACAGGGGCGGCUCGACGGAGUCGUCGAGGUCUCUCGCUUUCCAGACUCGGCGGGCGUCACGCUAUUCUUCCAGACAGGCGUCUCGGGCUUCGACUGCUGUCUGUGUUUAUCACCGUCAGCUUGGGCAUCUAUCUCACCAAAUAUGCUUUUCGCUGCAUCUUGCCGUCUCGACUUGCUGGCCAGAGUUCGGAAACAGCCUCCUCUGGCCUACACGAGGGGAGGCCUCUUUUCCCGCUCUCUGUUUCAAUUUCGUCGGCAACUCGACAUGCGCGCCGUCUGGCGGCAGCGGAUGGGAAUGGCGGCAGCGGUGAAUCUCAGACGGAUACAGAAUCCAGUGAAGAGAUCAAGGGCUCUUUCUGCGAGUCCCCAGGAGAGAGCGGAGCUGUGAGUGCCGGGCUGUUGGCGAGUUCGGGUGAAAAUGACCAAGGGAGGGAAGCCCCAACCGGAGGCGCACGGGCGCCUGCAGUAGGGACGACUUCCUACGUCUUGGGAGUGGGAGGCUGGGGGGGUGACCCGCCAGGAGACCAUCACGGUGGCCAAGUAGACGCGUCUUCGUUCAGCGGAUUGGCACAUUUUGAGCAUCCGCCAGGGUCCAGAUCUGCAGAGGCCGGCUGGCUCCGUCAUUUCGCUAGCCAGUUGAUGAACCUGGCUGCGGAAGCGUCAUCUGUAUUGCCCAAGGCAGUGCAUAGCGCCGAUUAUGUAAGAGCAGCCCUCCAGGAGCUCACCGAUCUCUAUGCCAGGAUACGUGCCCAGGCCGAGGCCGUCGAGAAUGGAGGUGAAGCUGACGUACUGAACAAAAGGCCUGGCGACACCACACCCUCUGGAGGUAGCAGUGGACACGGAAGGACUCAGGAAGGUGGCAGCGAAGGGAAACACAUUCAAAUCACCCAAUCCACAACGAGCAGCCGGAGCGGCCCAAGAGAUGUGCCCGUUUACGACACAGGGCCCGGGAGGCCCCGCACCUCCCUCUUCGCUGGACUGACCUCUUGGAGAGGGAAAGGAUCCUCCUUGGGAACAAUUUUCGAAUCAGGCAAUUCCGAGCAACAGACCGAAGGCGAUGAAGACGACGAUUGGGUGCAGAGCAGGAGCGCGUUCUUCAAGAUAGGCACGAGCGGCGGAGAAGAUGAACAAGACAACUCUUCGCUGGAGGAGGCGCUGUCUGUCCUGCGAGGAGAGGAGGACUCCGAAGGAGGAUGGAAUCCGUUCUCGUCGGCAAUAAGCACCAGUUCGGCAUGGGACACGUUUUUGACACAACAGCGUGGUGAACAAGAGACAGCAACACAAGACGGCGGCGCGACUGGAGACUGGGGAAACAGACCGACAUACAGUGCGGUCCUGCAGCGUCCCUCGCGGUCGACAUCGGAGCCGCCGCCGAGUAGAUCCUCGAGGGGAUCGGUCUCGGUAAAAAUACUGCAUGGCCGAGAUCGAGCAGGAGGGUUGCAAGGCCGGGCACCUUCGAGCCAGCGUCGACAGACGUCAGUCGAGCGAGGCAACCAACCCAGCGGGCCUGGCUUUCCUGGCAGGAGACCCACCAACCGUUUCCAAAGCAUAGAUCGGACCGCGGGAGGCAGGCGAGGAGGGUGGAGGACAGACGGUCUGUCAAGGCAUGCACCGAGUACGCCGGCAGGGGAGAGGAAACCGGGGCUAGGCGGCGCGGGGAAGACCCGGCAGCGGGGUACAGGUCAGGGCGGGAGCGGUCCAGGGUCUGAGAAAGGAGGUGGAGGCGAAUCGUCGAAGGAUGUGGAAAGACGUGGUGGGGAUUCGGGGCAAACGGGCGGGAGUGGAGGGGCAAUUGGAGGUUCCGGCGGGGGCGGACGACGGCCGGGCGACGACGACAAAGACGAUGAGAAGAGGAAGAAAGGGACGGGAUCGUCGAGUGGAGGAGGGGACAGGAAACAACAGGGGAAGAAGAAGGAGGAAGCAGAGAAGAAGGAGAGGGAGAGGAAGGAGACGGAGAGGAAGGAGACGGAGAGGAAGGAGAAGGAAGAUCGAAAGAGGAAGGAGGCAGGCGAUCAACGUGGGAGCCGAGGAGUGAGCAGCGAAGCAGAACGAUCGAGUGCGGAGAAAGGAAGGAAGAAGACGGCCAAAAAAGGGGCGGAUAAGCAAACCACGAGAACCGAUGGAGGAGGCGAGGAGGCUGCCAGUCAGACCAGUACGGCGACGGAGAGUGAGAAGCGAGAUGUUGAAAAACCGAAAGACGAAGACACACGCAUGGAAGGAGACAGCAAAGGUGGUGCACCCAUAUUGUCACUUGAGGAGACUGGGAGUGGCGAAGGCGGACAGCAUGGGGCGGACGGUACUGCAACCGGUUCCGACGACGGCGAUCAGGACCAGCCUCCGGCGCCAGCCUCCGAGAAAGACGAGAGCAAACAGAAAAAGAGCGGUGCGGGAAAACGGAAGCAGAAAAAGACUGGUGGAAAGCAGGGGCGGCAGACGAAAGGCGGAGACGGUGAGCCGUCAGCUGGCGCCUCGGAAGCCGGAGCUGCGGAGACAGUGCGAUCAGUCCCGGGGGGAGACGCCCCUGAUGGAGACGGAAAACAUGUAGACAAACAGGGAGACGGCGACGCGCAGGCCGGCGCCGAGGGAACGGCGGGAGCGCCAGGGCAGCAGAGUGAACAAGGUGAGGGGGCUGAAGAGGCGGGUGAGCAGAAGACCGUCGCUGGGGCUGACGAGGCGACUGAUGAGGCGGCGGCAAAGAGGGAGGCAGAGCGAACAGGAGCUCGGCCCAAGGUGCCUUCGACAAAGUCCAAAAAGAAACCGAAGAAGAAAGGUCAGAAGGAGGAACAGCCGGAGUCGGAACCUCCAGCACCUGUCCCUGAAGAGGACACAACGCCGGCCCGCGGCAGAACCAGGCAUCGCACACAUUGGGAGGCUACAGGGGCGGGAGCAGAGGGUGGCAAGAAGGCUUCAAAACCUGCUGCUCGGUCUGCUGACGGCGGGAGAGAACAGGAUGGUGGAGCGGCUGGUGGGGUCUCAGGAAAGUUGCCGAGGGGCCCCGGAGCGAAGGCGUCGCCUUCCCCAACUGUGGAUUUCGACGCCAUGGCAUUGAGUAUAACGCGCAAGGUACAAGGCGUGCUUCGUGAUUAUCGCGAGGGAGUACAGAAUUUCCAUGAGAUGCCGGGGGGAGAACAAUUUGUGGAAAAAUCUUUCGCUGGUAGCGACGCGGGAGACGAUUUUGGUGUGGACGAUUUCUUCCUGAUUUCUAAAUUCGUGCUGUUUCAGGCGGAAACAUGUUGCCGACUUGAUGCCCUGUGCGAGGUUGCAGAUGGAUUACAUGAGCUGGAAAAAAGCAGGCAGCAAGAGGAUGGCGCGGGAUCUGACACAGCAGCACCUGGGGGAAGAGGCACGGAACCAUCGUUGCUCUCUAGUAUUGUGGAAUAUUUGCAAGACGCCAGUGAAACGGCGAGUUCAGUGGGACUACAAGUGCUGUCCAGGGAGGUUACCAUGCGAAGCGAUUCAAUAUCGCAGUGGCUUCUGCCACCAGUGCCCCACAUCGCGCUUCCACCCUUCCCCCACCAAGACGGGUACAACCCUGAUUCGAAGGAAGUUGUGUACACCGCUGAAGGAGAGCCUCUUCCAGCUUCGGAUCCCGUGAGCGUUGUUAAGAUUUUACAGGACCGCCUACGAGUCUGGAAAUCUACAGGCGCAACUAUUCUUUCAACGGUAGAGCAGCGAUGGUGGAGACCUCCCUCUGACCCAGACGAGGCAAAGAGACAACACGAGCGCACGAAAUUAGCGUUCGAUUUGGCGAGUGCGUUUGUAUCUGUGACGCUACUUGAGGAGAAAGCUGCCGAAUGGGGGCUGUCUGAUGCAGCCAACGCAAUACACGAUUCCGAUACGAGACAGAGGGUCCAGCAAGCAGCAGACCUCCUGACCGCAGCCAUCCAAGAGGAAGAAACAAUAGGCCAGAGUGCGGUGCAAGAGUAUGCAAGCAUUGUUUACGAUACAGCGAGAGCCAAUGUGAAGAACCCGGAAAAGCGAUGGGAUCCUCUCCCCAGUAACGACCAUGCACCAGACAUACAGGCCGUCAUGGAGCUACGGGGCGUGAAGGCCUCUGGGGCUUCAGCGCCGAAUCAGGAAACAACGCCGGGAACGGCCGCCGUCCCCACGACGCAGGAGGAGCAGAAAAGCGAUGAGGCCAGAGCGCCAAAGGAGUCGAGCGCCGAUACCUAA